AGCUCCUGGUUCAGCAAUGAGUAGGAGAGUUGAUUUUCUUAGGUUACAGUGCCUGGCCUAUGGGAAGGAUAUACAAACAUCCUCCGGUGUAAUCAGCUCAAGUACGGUGGUAGCUUACUUCAGCAAAGCACCUUCUAAAGUUUACGUUCCAAUUUACGGAUCUAAGCGAGGUCCCUCUGGAAUUCAGGGAGGAAAGUGUUAAUCUCGGGUUUCCCAGUCACCAAAAAGUCACAUCCUCUGAAGACGUCGGCUUCGUUUACUCUCGCGAGAAUGUGAAAAAAAAAAAAUCUAAUGCUUUUCAUUAGCCCCGCCCCCAACCCUGUAAGUUGCCUAGCAACGAUGCAACCAAACUCCGCAGUGCGAGGAAACUUGGGAGCUGGCGAUCUUUCGGCUGUACGGUUUCAACCACCUUCAGGAGCCGUCGUCAGCGAUUCGGAUUUGAGCCCGCCCUCUGCAGCCUGCGGGCGCCGGAUUGGUCGAUGAUCCUCUCCAGACAUUUCCUGAAGAGCUGCCAUGUCCGGGAAAUUUGCAUCUUCCUCAGAACCGAACAACAACAGCUAUGAAACCAAAACUGCCAGUCUUCGAAUGUCAGAGAAGAAAUCGUGGGCAUCUUACAUGACCAACUCCCCAACUCUCAUCGUUAUGAUCGGCCUGCCAGCCCGGGGCAAAACGUAUGUGUCCAAGAAACUCACACGCUACCUCAACUGGAUCGGAGUGCCCACCAAAGUGUUUAAUCUUGGGGUAUAUCGGCGUGAAGCAGUCAAGUCCUAUAAGUCCUAUGACUUCUUCCGGCAUGACAACGAGGAGGCCAUGAAGAUCCGCAAACAGUGCGCUCUGGUGGCGCUGCAAGAUGUGAAGGCGUAUCUUACGGAGGAGAGUGGGCAGAUUGCGGUGUUUGAUGCCACCAAUACCACUAGAGAGCGGAGGGACAUGAUCUUGAACUUUGCCAAGGAGAAUUCCUUCAAGGUGUUCUUUGUGGAAUCUGUCUGUGAUGAUCCUGAUGUCAUUGCUGCCAACAUCCUGGAGGUAAAGGUGUCGAGCCCUGACUACCCUGAAAGGAACAGGGAGAAUGUGAUGGAGGACUUCCUAAAAAGAAUUGAGUGCUACAAAGUCACCUAUCGGCCCCUUGACCCAGACAACUAUGACAAGGAUCUGUCUUUCAUCAAGGUGAUAAAUGUGGGCCAGCGAUUUUUAGUGAACAGAGUCCAGGACUACAUCCAGAGCAAGAUAGUCUACUACCUCAUGAAUAUCCACGUGCAGCCUCGCACCAUUUACCUUUGCCGGCACGGAGAGAGCGAGUUCAACCUCUUGGGGAAGAUUGGGGGCGACUCUGGCCUCUCGGCCCGGGGCAAACAGUUUGCCCAGGCUCUAAGGAAGUUUCUGGGGGAACAGGAGAUAGCAGACCUCAAAGUGUGGACGAGCCAGCUGAAGAGGACUAUCCAGACCGCCGAGUCCCUGGGUGUAACAUAUGAGCAGUGGAAGAUUCUGAACGAGAUCGAUGCUGGCGUGUGCGAGGAGAUGACCUACUUGGAGAUUGAGAAGCAGUACCCGGAGGAGUUUGCGCUUCGAGACCAAGAGAAAUACCUGUAUCGCUACCCUGGCGGGGAGUCCUACCAGGACCUGGUGCAGCGGCUGGAGCCUGUCAUCAUGGAGCUGGAGCGUCAGGGCAACGUCCUCGUCAUCUCCCACCAGGCUGUCAUGCGCUGCCUCCUGGCCUACUUCUUGGAUAAGGGUGCAGAUGAGCUGCCGUACUUGAGGUGCCCUCUCCAUACCAUCUUCAAGCUUACUCCUGUGGCCUAUGGAUGCAAAGUGGAGACCAUUAAGCUCAACGUGGAGGCUGUGAACACUCACCGUGACAAGCCAACCAACAACUUCCCCAAGAACCAAACCCCUGUAAGGAUGAGAAGGAACAGCUUUACGCCUCUGUCCAGUUCGAAUACAAUAAGGCGUCCAAGAAAUUACAGUGUUGGGAGCCGGCCCCUCAAGCCCCUCAGCCCUCUCCGUGCCCUGGACACGCAAGAAGGGGCCGACCAGCCGAAGACCCAAGUCAGCAUUCCGGUGUGCUCUACUCACAGUUCUUACUUGCCUGCUUUGUUCCCCCUCCCUGGUCUUCCCUUUGGAUUUUCCGGUGUGAUGCAUGGCUUUGUCAUCGUGGUGUCCGUCCAGGUGGGAAGGGUGGUUGGCGAGAGAGAAGUCAAGGCUCUGUUGACGCUCUCUGCAGGGGGCUUCAAUGGAUCUGGAUGCGGGGAGCAUCGUUUUUUUCCCCCUCUCCUUUCCUCUCGAGGCAGGUCGUGCAAGGGUUCACCCCGGCCUCAGAACAUCCACAGAUGCUCUGGAGCAUACAGGCGGACAUAGAGUGAGAGCUGGCGCUGUGGUUCACGAGUCCCAGUCCGAAGUGUGCAGUGCCCCGGGGAAGUUGGCUCUGAGCUUGCGGGAAGUAUCUGGAUGGGUAAUCAUCCCUUCAGAAGCCAGGCAUAGGUCCUUUGGCCGCUGUAGAGUGAGGGUCGGGCGAGGAUGGCCUCUGGCUUUUGCAGGUCCAUGUAGGGCUCCCACGUCUUUUUUU